UUGCGUAUCGCACAACAACAAAGAGAAGGGAAUGAUAAACAAAAACAGCUGUAAUGGAGAAACAAAGAGGAAUAUUUCUCUUUCACAUCUUGAUGCUGGUCAGAUAUGUGAAAAUGACUCUAAUGACUUUGAUGCAAAGAAAAAACACAGCACUGGUAGCCAAACAGGGGAUUCCGGAAUAGGAAGCUUCCGAAGGACUACAAGCAAUAGUAGCUCAUUAACAGACGUAAAUACGUCAUUACAAAAACAAGCCAAGUGCAACAGACGUAAGGUUAGUGCAGGAGAUGUUAUGGAUAAUAUCCAUACAUUUCAAAAUCGGAACGGUGUAGGAAAGCUUAAAAUAAGAAAACUCAGUGCUGAGAGCUUCUUUGAAGGAUAUUGUCAAAACAGAAAAGCUCCUGAGACCGAAGACAUUCGAUGCAGAAAAUACAGUUUUGAAAACUUUUUCCGAGGAUUACUGGGGAACAAAAUUAAAGUUUCUAAGUCACAGUCAAACAAUCUCUUACAAACUCAUUCGGAAAAAAGUGAAGCAAAUGAGACAAAAGAAUUCUCUGCAAGCAAUAAUUGCUCUGUGCUCGAACAAUGUCAUGAAAACCUUGCGUUUGAAAGCAAUGAAAAUGAUUUGCAUAAACAUGACGAAGCAGCAGUCCAAGAAAUACUGAAUGAACUUCAUGAAAUGGCUUCAGAUCCGAAAAAUCUUACGUCUGAUGUCUCAAGGGCAGAAAAACUGACACUUCCUUUGAAAAAUGGAUUUCCUCGCCAUAGGGUUUUGGCUAAGUCAGACUCGGGGUAUGGGACAACGGAAAACCUGAGCAUCACAAGUGCCACAACAUUUCUGUGAUAAUAUUUUUUAUUACUGACGCUUAUUGUCUCAUGUCAUUAUAAUAUGGAAAGAUAUCAUUGAUAUUCGUUUUUGUUGUCGAUUUUAAAAUCUUUUUUUGUAUUAAAUUGUGCCAAAAAUA